UUGUUGACUGGGACCUCACUGAAUUUGAUGAUACAGCAGAUUUGAUCAACAAUGAUGAAGCAUUUGCCAUUGAACUCCAGAGACAAUUGCAAGGUGAAAGCAGCUCUCAGAACUCCUUUCAAACAAGUGUUACUCAUAAUUUGCUCGACCAAACUGUGUCAAUCACGAAUGAUACAUCAGACAGUAAUCAAUUAGAGGGAACAAGCGGAAUCAGUAUACCCCAUGAUUAUAGCACAAUUACUGAUGUGGUCCAAGCCUUGGAAAAGAGUGUGAACAAAGAAAAACAGUUUUUCAUCACGGUAAGACGGAGAACACCACUACCACGUGUGUUAAACUUGUGGCGAUAUGAAGCCAAGAAGCAAGGUGUACAUCACGAGUUGAGAAUAAAAUUUCUUGAAGAGGAUGGAAUUGACAGUGGAGCAUUGACAAGGGAGUUUUUUACGGAUGUAGUGCCUGCAAUAGGAGAUAUGCUGUUUCCUAACGGUACCCCUGUUGAUUCAACUCACCAUGUACAAAAUGGGAACUUCAGAACUAGUGGUGAAAUUGUGGCUAGCAGCCUAGCAAAUGGAGGGCCACCACCUUGCUUGAUGGAUGAGAAAGCAUUUCAAAGUCUGAUACAGCCUGAAAUGAAUGCUCUGGAUAUGGAUUCCGAGGACUGUAUGACUGCCACUGAAAAGCAAGUCAUCGACAGCGUAAAAAUUAAUAUCAAUCUACAUAGAGAUUCAGUUUUAGAACAUGGGUACACUGGUCCAGUUGAUGAAAAACACAUCGAUGACAUAGUUAGAUCGAUGAAAGUAAGCCUAGUUAAUAAGCGACUCUUAUACCUACGAGAAUUUAAGGAAGGUCUGUCUUUGUUUGGACUCUCCACCAUCCUGGAUGAUUAUCCUCAAGUGUGCGAGCCUUUGUUUGUACAAAAUCGAUUGGAAAACGUUGUUGCUACAUAUUUGUUCAGUUUGAUGCAACCUGUAUUCUCCCCUGUUGGCUCUUCGCGACGACAACUUGAGGAAACUCUCAUGGAUAACUUCCAAGUUCUACUUAUGGCUUUGGAUGGUGGAGAAAUUAGUGGCUAUACAACUCCUCCGGUAUGGAACGACAGCGAAAAUCAGGGUGAAGAAGUUGCAGCAGCUGACGCAGAGUCGACAGAAGAGACGUCAGCGGAUAUGUCAUCUGCGGGAGUAAUGAAAUGGCUUACAGGCCAGAAGCAUCGGCAGUUAAAUGGAGAAAAGAUCAAGAUUCAAGCAAAGUUUGAUCACGAAUGUCUAAUCCGAAAUCCAGCGCAUUCUCUUUGCUUUCCUCUGGUAGGGGCAUGUGGAAGAGUGAUAACAUUUCCAGUUAGUCACAUGAAGAAUUAUCAGACAUUUAAGAAUGUCUUUUUACUUGGAUUUUGCAACGGCCAGGACUUUGCAAAACCAUAA